AUGGUCCGCUCCGCAAUUGAUCCCAUCCGCCCUGGAGCCUCCCUGAUCCUUGCCUGGCAGAUCAAGCACAAGCACGUCCUCAUUAUCGGUGGAGGAUUCGUCGCUGCCGGUCGUCUUGUCAAUGUCCUCGAAGCCGAUGCCAGGGUCACAGUGAUCUGUCCCGAGACCGAAGAACUCUCCGAAACUGUCCAGCAACACAUUCAGGACCACCCAGAGAACACUCGCCUGGUACGACGACCCUUUCAGGAUUCAGACCUGACCACUCGAUUCGGAGAGCACACAGUUUCGGGAGCAGGAUCUCAGGCAAACGGACACCAUCACACAAACGGAGGUGCUCAUAUGAACAGCUAUGGCAACGGUGUGCAUGAAUACACGAAUGGACGCCCUCACAGCCACAGUGACAGCAGCGAGGACGACGACGGUGACGAGACCAGCUAUAGUGAACCCGCCGUCGAUAUGGUCCUCUCCGCGAUCGAUGACAUCCCUCUCUCAACACACAUCUAUCACCUCUCCAGAAGGCUGCGCAUCCCCGUCAACAUCGCAGACGUACCCCCGCAAUGCGACUUCUACUUCUGCUCCACACAUCGUGACAAGAACCUCCAAGUCGCCGUCUCGACCUCCGGAAAGGGACCCAAGCUUGCGAACCUGGUCCGACGCCACAUUGCGGAUCAUCUGCCCCCUCGUGUCGGAGACGCCAUUGAACAGGUCGGCAUUCUGAGAGCGACUCUUCGGAAGAUGGCUCCAGGCCCGGAACUGGGGCCGAAGCGGAUGCAGUGGAUGAGUCGAGUGUGUGAACAGUGGAAGAUGGAGGAUCUGGCGAUGUUGGAUGAGAAGAGUAUCAAAGUAGUUCUAUCGGGCUUUAAACCGAAUCUUGUGUACUCGCAUGCGCAAGUCCAGGAGAGAUUGCAGCAGGAACAGGAGCACCAGACGACAGUCUACAGCAGUGCUGACAAAAAAGAAAUGAACGGCGGUGACACAGAGUGCGUGACUGCACUCACCACCCCUGUCAAGAACCAAGUGGUCUCAACAACAGCUGAUACCACGCAAAAGCAGGGUCCACCGACACACCCAAAGACCGCCCGAUUGAUUCUCGUUGGCGCCGGACCCGGCGAUCCUGAACUGCUGACGCUCAAGGCUAUCCGACUUUUGGAAGAAGCCGAUCUUGUCGUUGCAGACCGCCUGAUCCCUAUGAGUGUGAUCGACCUUGCCAAGGGCGAGGUCCGUAUCGCACCCAAGAAACGUGCCUCCUUGCCUCUGGAACCUCAACAUGAUUCGAUUCCAGUCUCCAAGACAUCGGACUAUAUCCAGGACCAGCUCAACGAAUGGUGUCUUCAGGGCCUACAGGCGGGGAAGACCGUCGUCCGACUAAAGCAGGGUGAUCCCUUCAUCUUUGGUCGCGGCGCUGAAGAGAUACUGUAUUUCCGCGAGCUCGGAUUCGAGACCGAAGUCGUCCCCGGCAUCACAUCUGCGCUGUCGGCACCCUUGGCGGCACAUGUUCCAUUGACGCACCGAGGAUCCGCAGAUCAGGUCGUGAUUACGACCGCACAGGCCAAGGGUGGAGUCCUGCCAGAGAAUUUCCCGACAUAUGACGACAAGAAGACCGUGGUGAUUCUUAUGGGCGUAGGUAAAGCCAAGGAGAUCUCGGAACGGAUGCAAUCAGGAGCACUGGGAUGGCCUGCAGAUGUGCCUGUGGUGAUCGUGGAGAACGCACAUUGCCCGAAUGAGCGGACUAUGGACGCGACGCUGGGGACGUUGGCACAGGUGGUGGAGGAGCAGAAAGCGGUGCCCCCGGCGGUGUUUGUCGUCGGAUGGGCGGGAGCUAUCCUCCGCAAGCGGCAAUGA